UCAUUUCAAAACUUUGAUAUUUAUUAACCUCGUGGCGUCUUCAGUCGCUGUUUAUCGCGCCGUAUGCGCUAAGCAGGUCUCGACGCCACUUCUAUAAGUGCCAAUGGCGACAACUGCGGCUUUACCAUCAUUAAGCAAACCUGCACCGUUCAGCGACGAUGCAGAAGCAAAAGCGGAGUGGGAAAGAUGCGAUUACAGCAUCAAGAUAACGUUGGCCAUGGCCAAAGCCGGGAAGUCACCUCGUCCAGUCAGAGUGUAUGCGGACGGUAUUUACGACCUAUUCCAUCAGGGCCAUGCUAGGCAGUUGAUGCAAGCAAAAAGCAUGUUUCCAAACGUGUACCUGAUAGUCGGAGUAAACGGAGACUAUUUGACGCACAUGAAGAAAGGCAAAACGGUGAUGACAGAGGACGAGCGCUUCGAAGCAAUGCGGCAUUGUCGCUACGUGGACGAGGUGGUGAAGGAGGCACCCUGGCAGCUGGAGGACUCGUUUCUCAACAAACACAAAAUUGACUUUGUCGCCCACGACGACGAGCCGUACACGGUCGGAGUAGGCACCGACGCGUACGCGCACGUCAAGCAGAGGGGCAUGUUCGUGGCCACGGAGCGCACGGAUGGUGUGUCCACCUCGGACCUGGUGGCCAGGAUCGUCAAGGACUACGACAUAUACAUCAGGAGGAAUCUGUCCAGGGGAUACUCAGCCAAGGAACUAAAUGUUUCCUUUUUGAGAGAGAAAAAAUUGAUGUUUCAAGAAAAGGUCGGCAAAAUCAAGGAUAAGAGCAAACAGGUGUUUGACUCCAUCGAGGGAAAGCGGACUGACCUGAUUAGAAAUUGGGAGGAAAAGUCUAGGGAAUUUAUUGACUCUUUUCUUCUGCUGUUCAGACGGAAUGGACACUUGCGACACAUGAUCACUGACGGCAAGGAAAAAAUAUUGCACGCCUUCUCUCCUCCUGGAAGCCCUAAAGGUGAAAAUGGUCAUGAUUCUUCUAACCAAGAAGAUCAUUCGUGGUACGAGCCUCCAAAGAAAAUGGCACGGACUGAGUUAAAUGGAGAGAAUGGUUGGAUAAGUUCUGACGACGAAGAGGACGAUUAAAUUUUAGUUCCAAAAAUGUGCUAUAUUUUCCCACUAAAAAGUAAAUUAUUUUAUUGUAAGUAAUUGUUAUUAAAUGUUAAGCGAAUAAAAAAUCUAAGCAAAAAUAA